UGUGUGGUACUCCCAAAGUUAUGACGUGUUGAUGACGCAUGUCCUAGCCUCCAUUCGAGAUGCCUUGCUCCUCCCAUGCUAGUAGCGGCUAGCAGCGGCUAGCUAACAGCAACCUGUCAACCACUCCCGGGUGACUCAUCCCGGUGCACUCGAGAAAUUCAUAUUAGUUACCUGGUAAUGUUGCGAAACUGAUGUAGUAACAUCGGCACCUGGCUACUUCUGUAUCUCCGACCAGAGGAGGUACACGCUAGGCUUCUUCACCAUGGGGAACAACUGCAGUAAUAACCUUGGGAUCCCUCCAGCCAAGGGCCCCAAUGCUGUGGGAUGCACUGACUUCAUGAUGGACCACACUGAAAAGGGCAGCUUCUUCCGGCUUUACUAUCCUUGUCAAGAGACUGAAAAAGCAGAAAGACCAGACUGGGUACCGUGCAUGGAGUAUUUUAACGGUCUGGCGGACUUCAUGAAAAUCAACAGGAGUCUCAGCGAAAGGAUUUUCAACUACCUCUUUGGGUCCUUUAAGAUUCCAGCCUACGUGGAUGCUCCUUUCAAAUCAAAUGGAAAAUGUCCUGUAGUUAUCUUUUCCCAUGGCCUCGGGGCUUUUAGGACUUUGUAUUCAGCUAUAUGUGCAGAACUGGCCUCUCAGGGCUUCAUCGUGGCAUCCGUGGAACACAGAGACCAGUCAUCCUCAGCUACGUAUUAUUUUCGUGAGAAGACGGAGUCAGAGAAGGCAAAAAAGAAAGUGCCUAAAGAAUCUGCCUCCGCCCAAGACAACCUGGUAAUAGAGUGGAUGUACUACAGAAGUCUGCGGCACGGAGAGAGCGAGUUCGCCCUCAGAAAUAAACAGGUGAAACAGAGAGCAGAUGAAUGCAUUUUGGCUCUGGAUAGACUCACUGACAUCAACUCAGGGAUUCCAGUGCAAAAUGUUUUGCAAACACAGUUUGACUGGACGACGUUGGAGAACUCCAUGGAUCUGUGUAAGAUAGCAGCGGUGGGGCAUUCCUUCGGGGGAGCAACAGUGAUUGAAGCUCUGUGCAAAGAGGUUAAAUUCAAGUGUGGCGUAGCGCUGGACGCCUGGAUGUUCCCGUUAGACGAUGAGCUCUUUCCCCGGGUCAAACAGCCCAUCUUCUUCAUCAACUCCGAUAAAUUUCAGUGGGCGGGAAACAUCAGCCGCAUGAAGAAGCUGGAGUCGGCUGUCAUACAGAGGAAAAUGAUCACUAUCAGAGGCACAGUCCACCAGAGCUUCCCAGACUUCACCUUCCUGACUGGCAACUGGAUCGGCAAGCUGAUGAAGUUGAAGGGAGAGAUCGACCCGGAGAUCGCCAUAGACCUCUCCAACAAAGCAACACUAGCCUUCCUGCAACGGCAUCUUGGUCUACAGAAGAACUUCAACCAGUGGGACCCUCUGAUCGACGGGCAAGAUGACAACCUCAUUCAAGGAACUAAUAUUACCGUGCUUCAGUCUGCCAUCUGAGCUGGCUCACACACAGCAGAAUGCAGAAUGUACCUGGGACUGCCCGGCCGACAGCUCGAUGAUCUCACCUCUUUGCGUGGGGAGCCAGUGGAACUGUUCCACAAUGUUAAGCCAGGCCUGCUUGGCGUUUCAAACGGACUGACGAUAACAUUUCAGAGAUAGGAAAGAUGAUCUCUACCUCAUCAGCAGGAACGAUUUGUUUUUCUUGACAGAUAAAAGCAGUGUUUGUUUCACGAGGCCUGAAUGUUGCCGAACACUUCUUCUUUUCACUGUUAGUGAAAUCUUCACUUUUAUCAGAAAUUUCUGCAAGAAAUGCUUUUAAUCAUUUUGAGUGUAUAUAAACUGAGAUAAUGAAUGUUAUUUCAUACAAAUACUGUACAUCUCUUUGGACGUAUGACCUUCCAACAGAGACAAGCUACACUAUGAUUGCAGUGUGAUUAUGGAAUAAUGACAAUCGUAUCCAACCAAUGGUGAUGGGCAAUAUUUAUAUAUAUAUUUAAAAAAAAAAAAGCGGAAGAUUGAAGACUCGUAUGAUCUUAGAUAAAUGAUUUACCUAGCCAAGAUAUCAAACUCAAUGUAUCCAUAAAUCAGCAUCAUUACAAACACUAACGGGUUGCAUUAAGAUACCAUGUGCCUUAACUCAGUACUGUUCAUCCUGGGUCAAUGUGACUGCCUUCUACUUUUAUACAUUUACCGUCUGAAAUAUCGGCCAUAACACAAAUCCAAUAAAAUCUGGUUUGUAUACAAAUACA